AUGGAUUCGAAAGAAUUGGUGAAUAGAGGAACGGAGAUUCUCGAAAUGAUUGCCAAUUAUUGGGAAACCCAACGUGAUCGUUUCCCUCAACCGGAUGUCUUACCCAAUUAUCUCGAAGCUUUGGUUCCCUCAUCACCACCUGAUUCCCCGGAGUCUUGGGAAACCGUCCUUGAGGAUAUUGAGAAAGCAAUCCUACCGGGUCACGCCAACUGGUUGCACCCGAAUUUUUAUGGAUAUUUCCCCUUCGCUCAAUCCACUCCAUCCCUCCUUGCCGAUCUCCUUUGUGGUGGACUGUCGGGAGUCGGAUUCACUUGGAAAUCCAGUCCCGUAAUGUCCGAGCUAGAGGCUGUGGUCCUUGAUUGGCUUGUGGAAGCGCUUCAUUUACCCGAGAAAUGGAAACAUUCACAUUCGGGACCAGGCUGUGGGAUCAUACAGUCAACUUCCUCCGAUUCGACUUUUAUCGCUUUCUUGGCCGCGCGAGCACGAGCUGUUGAAUGGAAUCUAACGGGAUCCGAAAAUGAGCCCACCGACGAAACAGAGGAUGACCCAGAAAUCUUCACCCAUCCACUGCAUUCGCCCAAGAAUUUUGACAAACUCAUCGCUUAUUGCUCGGAUCAGGCACACUCCGCCAUUUUCAAAGCGGCUAUGUUGAGCGGGGUGAAAGUGAGAAAGCUGAAGAGUGAACGCGAUGCGAAAUUGGGCAAUUACGCGGUCACCGCUAAAACAUUUGAGGAAGCCAUUAAAAAAGAUCGAGCCUUGGGCAGAACCCCAUUUCUGUUUGUCGCCACAAUCGGGACAACGGGCACAUGUGGAGUCGAUCAUGUUGAAGAUUUGGUCAAAACUUGCCAACGAGAGCGAAUUUGGCUACACGUUGAUGCAGCAUACGCCGGCUCAUUUCUCCUCUGUCCCGAGUUCUCAUCAUAUCUCGGGGUAGGGCUCGACUCGGUCGACUCUUUCAACUACAACGCUCACAAAUCGAUGAUGGUCAACUUUGAUUGCAGUCCCAUGUGGUUCACCGAUGCCCGUUCGGCUGUUCGAUAUUUCAAUGUCGACAUCGACAUCCUUCGACAUGAACAUCAAGAUAAAACGAUUGAUUUCAGACAUCUUCAAAUCGCUCUUGGUCGACGGUUUCGCUCUUUGAAACUCUGGUUUGUGAUGAGGUUGAUUGGAGUGGACAAAAUUGGAGAUUCCCUGAGAAAGAGAUGUGCCCAGGCCACUUUCUUUGCCGAUUUGAUCGAAAAAUCGGAUCUCUUUGAAAUGUUUGUUCCGCCUCAUUUAGGACUUGUUUGCUUUCGACUCAAGAAUUCAACAAAUGAAGAAAACGAAAAGUUGAAGAAGUUGAUUGAUGAAGAUCGCCGUUUAAUGAUCACUCCGUCGAUUACGCAUGGAGACUUCUAUUUCCGUAUGGCAAUCGGCGCUCAGCAAACGACCGACGAGGAUCUCCGAUCCGCCUUUCAAAUUCUCACUCAGCUAGCACAGGUC